AUGGAGCAGGGUAAUUACUCCAUGUAUGAUGACUUUAUACUCCUGGGUUUAUUCAGCAAUACCCAUUUUCCCUGGCUUCUGUUCGUCCUUAUUCUCCUAGUUUUUAUCAUCUCCAUCGUCAGUAACACCAUCAUGAUCAUUCUCAUCCACAUAGAUUCCCACCUGCACACACCCAUGUACUUCCUGCUCAGUCAACUUUCCAUCAUGGAUAUUCUGUACAUUUCUACAAUUGUGCCCAAGAUGUUGAUUGACCAACUAAUGGGGCAGAGGAUUAUUUCCUUUGCAGGCUGCACAGCUCAACAUUUCCUCUACUUGACCUUGGCAGGGGCUGAGUUCUUCCUUUUAGGACUCAUGUCCUAUGAUCGCUAUGUCGCUAUCUGCAACCCUCUUCGCUACCCUAUCCUCAUGAGCCGUAAGGUCUGCUUGCUGAUUGUGAUGGCGGCCUGGCUGGGAGGGUCUGUGGAUGGCUUCUUGCUCACCCCAGUCACCAUGCAGUUCCCCUUCUGUGCCUCUCGGGAAAUCAAUCACUUCUUCUGUGAAGUCCCUGCUCUGCUGAAGCUUUCCUGUACAGAUACAUCAGCCUAUGAGACAGCCAUGUAUGUUUGUUGUAUCAUGAUGCUCCUCAUCCCCUUCUCUGUCAUCUCAGCCUCUUAUACAAGGAUUCUCAUCACUGUCUAUAGAAUGAGUGAGGCAGAAGGGAGACAGAAAGCAGUAGCCACCUGCUCUUCACAUAUGGUGGUUGUCAGUCUCUUCUAUGGGGCUGCCAUGUAUACCUAUGUGCUACCUCACUCUUAUCACACCCCUGCACAGGACAAGGCUGUAUCUGCCUUCUACACUAUCCUCACUCCCUUGCUCAAUCCACUCAUCUAUAGUCUCCGGAACAAGGAUGUCACAGGGGCCCUACAGAAAGCUCUGGGAAGGUAUUUGUCCUCAGGAAGGGUAACCGGCUUCUAA